CUGGUCUUAUCUCUUUGUUGAAGCCUGACCCUGGACCUGGGCCAGACCGAUACAACCAGGUCUAUCCGGAGCUGGUCUUAUCUCGGUGUUGAUGGCUGAACCUGGACCUAGGCCAGACCGAGACAACCAGCCAUCUCGGUUGGCAUCCAUGGCCAACUGGUUUUGGAGUUGGUUAACUAACUGGUGGAUGGUCGGUUCAAAUCCCGACCGGGACACAGAAAAUGUGAAUAGGAUGUCCGUGGACAGUGGUAAGACCGUAGUGCUGGCAGCACUGGGCCGGCCCUUCAGUCUGGGGAUGCUCUACGACUGUCGCAACGACUCACUGAUCCCCGCUCUGACACUUUGGGACCGGGAAGCCUUAGAGAAAGAUACAGAUGAAAGACCCCAACCCAACAUUGACUAUGAGAUAGUUGCAUCUGACUCCAUCGAAGAUAAAUCCUCUGCAUUGAAUGUUGAAGCUUCAUUGAAAGCAAGUUUUCUGUGUGGACUGGUUGAGGUAGAUGGCUCUGCUCAAUUUCUCAAAGAUUCUAAGAUUUCCAGAAAUCAGGCUAGAGUGACACUAAAGUAUAAAACCACCACCAAGUUGAAAGAGCUGUCAAGGAAUUACAUUUGCAGGGGUAAUGUGAUGCAUCCAGAUGUUUUUGAGUCAGGACAAGCAACACACGUAGUGACAGGAAUCCUUUAUGGGGCACAAGCCUUCUUUGUGUUUGACAGUGAGGUCUCAGAAAAGGAGGAUAGGCAAGACAUUGAGGACAAUCUAAAGGUGCUGAUCAAGAAGAUACCCACCUUGAAGAUAGGCGGUCAAGGUUCUCUGAACAUGGCAGACAAGGACAUUGCAAAUAUUGACAAGUUAUCCUGCAAUUUCCAUGGGGACUUUAACCUUGAGAAACACCCUGUGUCUUUUCAUGAGGCCAUAGAAGUCUAUCAAAGCCUACCUAAGCUAACUGGAACCAACGGAGAGAACGCAGUGCCUCAGAAGGUCUGGUUAAUGCCACUGAAGACUCUAGAUUCCGCUGCUGCUGAACUAGUUCGACAGAUAAGUGAUAGGUUCAUCAAGGAGGCUCAGAAUGUCCUGGAGGACCUUAGCGAGCUUGAAAGGAGAUGCAACGAUGCAGGACGAUGCACAACAACCAAGCAAUUCCCACAGAUUAACAAAAAGUUAAAGGAUUUUAAAGAGCUGGUUUCUCAGUGCAAACUAGAAUUCCAGAAUAUUAUGGCAAGGAAUCUCCCAUUGAUCAGAGGAGGAGAAGAGGAGGAAAGUGUUCUCGCAAAGAUCCUGAAAAAAGUACAUUCCUCUCCCUUCAAAAGUGGUGAACUGAAUCAGUGGAUGGAUUGCAAAGAGACAGAAAUCAAAAUCAUCAGCUCCCUGAUUGACAAAAUGCCCAACAUGGUGAUCGUUGCGACCAGUCGCACUCUGCCCAAUGAGAUCCAAAGUGGAGAUGUCAGACAUUCAGUGUGCUUUGUCUUUACCUCCCUGGAAGGCCCAGAGCCGUACCUUUCAGCUCUGUCAAACUACUUGGAUGAAACCCAACCAGACGACGUGCCAUGUGCUUAUGAUUUGGAAAAAGAACAAUUGUUUUCCUCAAGUGUAGCGUAUGAGAAAAUUAAGCUCUUUAAAGAUUUUGCCGUUGCCAACAAAGAGAACAAAAGCAUCAAGUUUUUAGCAGGUGCAAUAAGAGAUGAUGAGAAGAAAGGCACAACUCUCCACCUCUACAAGGAUGGGUCCUUAGCCAACGACAACUUUGAACCACCUUCGAAGCCAGAGAUGAACACGGGUGACAUAACCCAUAACAGUGUAAAACUGAAUAUUUCCCCCCCUCAAUUUGGGUUAACAACUGUCACCCACUACGCUGUUGAGUUCUGUGUCCAUGGAGACGAUGUUUGGCAUCAACAAAUUAAGAGCAAGGCUGGAGAUGUCACAGUGUCCGGCUUGAAGAUUAAUGAAUGGUAUCAGUUCAGAUAUGUGACUGUGGAGAUGAUGGCCUUGGCAAAGAGGAAUCAGUAG